AGCCGAAAGAGCUUGAAAGGGGACUACAGUUUCUUGACACAAAACUUCAUUAAUGGCUACCUGGUGUGGAUCAACUGACAAGAAAAAAAUCAGAGAGAAGAGGUCUUCUUCUAGCCAAAGUAGUGACACGGAUAUGGAAGAAAUAACAAAUGCAUCAAGUACUCUUGAUCUUGAAUUUGGAAUUAGAGAUGAAAAAAGGGAAUUGAGAAAAACAAUUGUCGAAGUGUAUGAAAAGAUUCUAGAAUUCCUAUCUCGAGAAGAAUAUGAUGCUGAACUCCGCAAAGAGCUUGCAAACAACUACAGCCUUAAGGAUAAGAAGUUAGAUAAAGAAAACUAUGAAAUAAUUUUGGAAGAAAGAAAGAAAGAUAUUGAAAGAAUGGAAAGGGGAAUACCAAUAUCAGGAGAAACAAGCUCUGGUAAAACAAGUCUGAUAAAUAAACUUGUUGGCCAAGAACUGUUUUGUCCAAAAGCGAGACCAGCAACAGCAAAAAUUUGCAGAAUUAGCCCUUCGGAGGAGGUUUGCCUUAAAUUGUCCGAUGCUAAUGACAAGGUCAUUGAUGCACAUUUUUUUAGUGGUUUUGGGGAUUUGAAGAAAAUUAGGACCUUACUCGAAAAGAAUUCAGAUUUGAAGAAAAGCAUAAAGGCAGACCCAAAUAUCCACUACAUUGACGUUUUCUGUCCAUUUGGCAACUUGAAAACAAAGGGAAAUAUGAUGCUUGUGGAUACACCAGGUAUUGGAACAUCCGAAGAGUUGACAAAUAUGCUUUUGAGAUAUCUUCCUAGUGCAAUUGCGUUUGUUUUUAUCAUCAACGUGUCAAACGCAGGCGGAGUUCAGGAAGAUAGGAUUGUCAAAAUUUUGGAAACAAUUCUGACGAACCUCUACAAAAUGCCUUGUUUUGAUCCAAAAGAUGUCCUUUUUGUGACAAAUAAAUGGAAUAUGCUAAAAGAUCAAAUGAAAGAAGGCUGUGAUGAUGAUGAAGAUGAUGAUAAUGAAGAUGAUGAUGACAAUGUUGAUGAAAUGCAGGAAACUUGGGAUGACGUAAAAGAGACAAUCAAAAAAAUCUGGCCUGUAUUUGAAGAGGACACGAUCUUCAAACUUUAUUUAAAAACUAUAAAUCCAGACGACGGCUCAGAUGAAGAAAGAGCAGAUUUCGAAAGAUUUACUAAACGCCUGCUGGAUUUAUCAAGGAAGAACACGGACAGCAAAAUUGCAAUACACCUAAGGUUGCUGAAAGAUGACAUGAACAGAAUUAAAAGAGGAAUAAAUGCAAGAAUAAACACGGCAGCCAAAGGUGACAGAAAAAGAAUUGAAGUAGAAAAGUCAUUAAAAGAAAUGAAAACAUUAAAAGAAAGCAGUCUUGAGGUACAUAUGUGUAACAAAUAUAAAAUUUAAAGGCUGCACUUAAAUUGCCACUUUAACCCAUCAUACCUUAAUCUCUCUCCAUCUCUCUAAAUAUAAUGUAUAAUAUAGUUAGAUUGAAACAAGAUGUGUUUGUGAAACACUAAGCGCCCGGCGGCAACAAAAUUAAAAAAAAUAUUUUUAGCUUAUAGGUCACAGUCAAGGUCACAAGAUCAUUGGUCUUGUUGUCAUUUAAAAGAACUUGAUUAGUGAAGUAUGCAUACCAAGUAUGAAGUGUCUAUCUCUCAUGGUUCAAAAGUUAUGGUGAAGGUUAAAAAAAAAUACUUUUAGCAUAUAGGACACAGUCAAGAUCACAAAGUCCUUGACCUUGGUGUCAUGUGAAAGGGCUUAAUUAGUGGAGUAUGCAUGCCAAACAUUAAGUCUCUAUUUUUCUUCGUUCAAAAUUAAUUGCGAAAGUUAAAGUUU